UCUGUGCAAGUGUAAUCACAUAAGUUAUAGACAAAGGAGAACUUUCUGAAAAACUUUCAGUCUUCACAGAAGUGAGCAGUGUUGUGGAAGUUGAGGAUGUUUGUUAAAACGGUGUUUCAACUUGGGCUGAUCUUCCUGCUCGUGAACUCAGGAGCUCUUCAGAAUAGUUGGAACGUGCCAAUCCUCCAAAAGGUUUGUGCUUUGGAAGGAUCUACAGUGACUGUAAAUGGCACUUCCAAAUAUCCCACCGUUUUUAAAGUGGUAAAAGCAUUGUGGGGUUUACCCCCAAAUAAGGGUAAAGAGCUGCAUGAUCUGCGUAAUGAACCAGGUUACUCAGGCAGAGUGGAGUAUUUAGGAGAUGAAGUGAGUUACAUCUCGCUCAGACUGAGUGAUGUGCAGAAAUCAGAUGAAAACAUGUACUGCUUCAAACUCAUCAUAGAUGAUUCACCAUAUCAGUAUUGUCCUGGAUUUACACUCAAUGUAACAGAUCUUCAGGUCAUCGUUCCUGCAGAAUUGAGAGAAGGAGAAUCAGCUGUUCUGACCUGUGAAACCAACUGCUUUUUGAGUGGCGCAACAUACAUCUGGUACAAAAACGGACUCAUUUUAACAGGAAAGAUCACCAAAUACAAUAAUCUCUACCUGGAGCCAUUCAGCAGUGAGAAUGCAGGCAGUUAUAGCUGUGCUGUAAGAGGAUAUGAGCAUCUCCCCUCUCCUGCUCAGUACAUAAGUGAAAGAUGUAAGCCUUAUUUAUCUUCUUCUUAUAUAGUGUUUACAACCCAAAUAAUAAAAAAGUUGAAAAGAAUGUAACCGUUUUUUUAGUCGUAAUUACACAUCAAAACACAUCAAACAUUUAAACUGAGAAAAUGAACCAUUGUAAAGCAAAACUUAUUUAAUUUUGAAUUUGAUGACUGAAACAUGUCUCAAAAAUUUUAGGACAGUGCCAUGUUUCCCACUGUGUAGCAUCCCCUCUUUUUCUAUCAACAGUAGGUAUAUGUAUGGAAAGUGAGGAGACCCUUUGCUGGAGUUUUAGUAGAGGAAUCUUGUCCAGUUUGUGUCUGAUAGACGAUUCUAGCUGCUUAACAGUCCAUGUCUUCUUUGUCAUGUUUUUAUAUUACAUGAUGCAUUAAAUAUUUACAACUGUUAAAAGGUCUGGACUGACACUGUCUGGAUUUGUUUCUCUAAAAACUGUAUAUACCAUAAGAGAUGCAUGUUUUUGAACUGAGCACUGUUGAUAAGCUGGAUGGUCCUUUUCCUCCUUUAGUAUAGAUCAGGGGUCACCAACCUUUUUGAAACUGAGAGCUACUUCUUGGGUACCGAUUAUUGUGAAGGUCUACCAGUUUGAUACACACAGUUUUCAGUUUGAUCUGAAAUAACAAAUUUACU